AUGUUUUUUUUUCGUCUUUUUACUUUUUAAAUUAUGUUAAUUUAAUUGUGUUUGCAGAAAAGUAAUUGAUAAUUUCCUCUGUUUUGAUCUCUGAUCAGUUACUUUGAAGUUAAAUGUUUUAAAGAUGUUAUGGAGACAACAAGCAGUCGUCCUAGUACAUGUUACCCAAGGCGGUUAAACAUUUAUCCAUAUGAAUAGAUGAUAACUAUUUUAUAAUGUAUUUGAUAUUGAAAUACUAAGUUAAGCUUUUCAAAAUCAAAGUCAACAUCAUUUGAAAGUUCAAUAUGUAAAUAUGUUCAAUAUUAUGUCAGUGUACAGUCAAGCAUACCAAUAGGUAAAAUCUCAAUCUAUAAUUAAGUCGAGAUAAGCUGCGUUAAGACAUUAAAUUAAUCAAGUGAGGCAUAUAAUUGAAGAGUUGAUACGAAAGAACGUUUUCUGACCGCCUUUAUCACGUCUCGUUCGAUGUAGCAUGCAUCGACUCCUACGCGGUCUCGAAGGACACGUGAUAACAAACCAAACUCGAGGUGAACUUUACAUAUAACACUAUCAAUGAUAUCAUGUAGCAACUGUACGCAACCCAACAAUUACAUAUACUCGCACGCUAACCCGUCAGCCAGUCAAAUUGCAGGAAUUCCAUUCGGAACUCCUCGGCUAAUUUUGUCGAUAAAAAUGGCCGAGGAGUUCCGAACACAGGAAUUUAAGUUAAGAUACUUCCGGUUUGAGUUUACCCACAGGACAACUUGUGGCGGAACGGGUAGGUUCAGAACACAGAACAAAACGGAAAACACUUUAAUGUUCAUAAGUAUAUACAAUAGAGUAUGCGAAGGGUGUGGUGCGGCUGGGGUUCAUACUUUUUUUGUGUUGGAGGGGUGUUUAACAUAUACAUUUGUUUGGCUCUGAAUGAUCUGUAUGGCUGUCAAGAAGUAGUAAAUUUAGCACUAAGUAGGCUUUAUUAGAGUUGCACAUACGUUUGCUUUGAAAAAGCUUAUUUGUUGUCAACAUAUGAUUUAUUUGGCACUCAGAGGGCUUCAUUAGAGCAGCACAUGGGUUCGUUUUGCUCUGAAUGAGCUUUGUGGUUGCCAACAUUUGCUUCGUUUGGCAUUGAGAUAACUUGACCCUAGCGUUGGUCCUGUACCACUAACUUAACUUUCGACUACUGGACUGGUUUCUGUAGUUCCUCUCAUAGAAAUAUUGAUCUGAGCUGCGUGAUAUAUUUUGAGUGUGUUUUUGCUUUGAUGUGAUUCAUGGUUGCCAAAUUAUUUACUUCUUCAUUGUAGUCACAAUUGAAAUAUAGAGAUAUGGAUUGAAUAAUAAAAGUAUAAAAUUGGACUUACAGGGCGCUAUAUUGGUUUUGGCACAACACAUCUGGACAGUUUUCUAGAGACCUAAAUUUUAGUAAAAAAUAUGUUAUUGGGCACUUGAUUUGCUUUAUAUUGCCCCUUUAUCGUAUGUUGAUCGUAUGUUUGACAUUCAACGGAGUGAGAAAAGGUUUAUUGGACACAAGGUUGACUUAAAAGGUGCCGAGCUGUGGUGAACGUCUGGCAAUUCAGGUUUAGUUGUAGCCAAUCUGUGUUUUUUAAACUUUGGUUUGACUUUGUAGAGUCAUCUGGCGUUUAUUUGAAAAUAAGUUGGUGCAGCAACAAUAGAGAUACAGGGUUGGCCUGGCGCUUGAAAAAGGCACACAUUGUGAACGCAUAUGGUUUCUAGGCAAUCAGCGGCCUUCUAAACACUGGACAAAAAUGUUUAGGGUUGUUUAAACUAGAAAUUAAACGUAUACAGAUGGUAAACACUUGAUAUACUUAAAAGUGACACUUCCAGCUGGAAUAAUAUAGAAAUAAUGACAGCUCUGUUUAAAGAAAGGUUGAUGGCGGCAAUAUUGGAUUGUGGUUACCAUAUAGGACAAAAUUAAGGUGGGUUCUGAGCUUUUUUAACGUUAACAUACAUAUUUGUCACCAGGCAAAGUUUCAUGAUUUCAACCCAAAGUGCUCAAUAUGAUAAAUAUUUGUUACGAUAGGACUGGACUAUAUAUGACGACCAGUGUAACUUCGUCAUAUUUAUUCAUACGCUGUUAUUUAUUCAGUGUUGUGCCCCCACCCCCUUGGAGGAAGCGGGAAUAUAUUGCUUUGCACAUGUCGAUUCGAAUAACAAGAGUACGCUUCAGUAGGAGUAGAGUAGGCCUCAGAUCCUUAAACUUGAUAGGGAGGUUGGUCAUAAGUAUGACCCGAUAGGUCAAAGGUCGUAAAGACCUUGGAUAUUCCUAUUGAUAACUAGAGUUUGCUUGGUCCUAUGGUCCUUGACUUUUUGUCUCAGGAUGGUCAAGGAACGGCAGAUGACUCUAAUUUUGAGGUCAGUCCGGUUUGUUGUCAAAGGACAAGGACAAAAAACAAACUUUGGAGGGGUUGAGGUUAAUAUUGAUAUUCCACUGGUGGACAGGACGCCUGAUGCAACUCCUGAAAAAGACAGGAGCCGAAAUCAACAGAGUAAGGCUUCAGGUUCAGCCGAAUACGGCGUUUGUCCAGUUUAUGAAGACGACCAGCCAUUAAUAUCGACACAUCAUUCAUCCAAACAGGCGAGCUCAGUUCAACAGCCCAUUCAGGAAUAUAUCUAUACAAAAAAUUUUCUAGACCGUUUAGAAAAACAAGAGACGUCGUUCGGAAUGAAACAUAUCAAAGCAAAUUCAUCAUCGCAUAAAGAUACGCCUGACGUUAUAAUAGAUGACGAAAACAAAGACGGUUUGCCCAACAGUAAGCAAUUCAAACCAUCGAUUGAAACAGUGGCAAAAGAUAUAAAUAUUUGCAGCAUGACAUACAUUGAUGAAGAUAGCCAGAACGUUCAAUUUGAAUGCCUGCAACGUAAAGGUGCACGACACAAUGACGCAUCCACAUAUCCCGUGAAAGCAAUGUUAUCCGAAGAAAGAUAUGAAUAUGCAGAGACAGGGUUGCUGCAUUACUAUACAUCGGAAUCCAAGCAUUGGAAUAGAUUCGUGGAUGAUUGUAUAGACAUAAAGGAAAUCUGGGUUCAGUACUAUGAACUUUUGGAAAUGUGUAAAAUUAAAAUUGAUAUCAAGAUGCAAACUGAAGAGUGUCAGUUGCUUGAUGCAGCUGCAGAGGGUACAGGAAACAUUAAUUUUGCUUUCUAUGAUUUUAAAAUGAGAGAUGUUUUUCCAAGCGCACUUUUGAACCACACCCUUAGACCUGCUGUUCACAGCACACAUCAAGAUAUUUCCAAAUCUGUGGAACCUUUUAUUAUCAUUUGUUAUCAGCAAGACAUACAAGCUGUAAGCGAUGUAAUUAAACGAAAAAGAUCUACAAAGUACUGCCUUUUAGUCAUCGACGAAGACGUAGACGGCGUCGAUAGUGGUGUCUGCGUUCUUCCUGAAACAAAUAAUUCGAAAUGCGUUGUAGAACGCUGUGAUACAUCGGCGUAUAACAUUGAAGCUGCAAUUGAAAAGUUAUUAACCAGAUGGAUCUACACAAUUCUUACCAUGAAAGUUGUAGCUUUUGUCUACCUUUCAUUGGAUGGAAAAGACGAUCAGAAACAACUGGACGAAAAACAAUUUCAUCUACAAAGAAGGACAGAAGUAUGUGAACGAUCCAAAAACGACUCAAAGCCUUUUCUCAACAACGAAAGUGUGCGGCAGUUCCUAAGUGAACUAAUAGAAGAAAGUAGAGCUUUGUACGACAGAGCUGAUUUACCUGAAGGCGACACACCACCAUUCCCACCAGCCUCGAAGAAAAUCAGCCAUCAGGCUCGCGAAGAUUUGAACAAAAUACAAGGGCUACUUGCCUACGGGGAAAGAUUUGGAACUUUGAAUUUUUUUCUAAGCAAUGAUUCGGAAACCAAAAAAAAAGUUGAGGAAGCGGUUCACGAUGUCUUACAGAAAUGGAAUAUCAACAAAGUUGUUUUUCGAUAUGGGUCUACUUUUAUCGAACCAUAUAUGAAACCAGGAGAUAAAGUUUUUGAAAAGCCAUUUGGGUCACUGGCAUGCUUUGCGAGGGAGGCAGGCGGACGUGUGUAUGCUCUUUUUUCAAAACACGUUGCAGUAUUUAACAAGGAUAAGCUUUUCAUAGAUGGCGAAGAUGUGGGCAAACUACUUCCUACUGAUAAACACACUCUAGACAUAGCAGCGGCACAAAUUCACGAGUCCUAUGAGAAGAAAUGCCGUUUCAUGUUUCAGACGGAGCAAGGACACGAGAAAACGUCAACGCUGUAUGACUGUAGCAAAGACAGCAAUAGUCUAUCUGGAAAGCGCGUUCAUUUACACGGUGCCAUGACCUCACCUGGAUUAGGAAAGGUUUCAAUUGAAAAUUUGUAUGUUUUAGGUGAUAAUUAUGUUGGGGUAUUUUUUGAGGAUAGGAAGUCAAGUACAGGUACGAAACAACCAUUUUGUGUCUGUGGCGAUAGUGGGGCUAUGGUGAUGACUUACUGUAGAAAAAACGAUGAACUCAAAGUGAUAGGAAUGAUAAUUGGCGAACAGGUAAAAAAUAAAAUUAAAACUUGUGCUCGUCCAAUGUUCCCAGAUGGAAAACCCGAAGCUUGUUUAGUUACACAUAAAUCCUAUGUCGGAUUUAAAAUGACGGAUGGUCUGAAGGAACUAGAGGAACGUCAUCGAAUUCGUCUUUCUUUAUGUUGCGACCAUGAGCUUGAGGUGGACAGCGGCAUUUCAAACCCCUCUAAUUCAGCUGCUUCAACAACAAACAAUUCCCCGUUCAGCACUAUGUAAUGGCUUAGACAGAAAUAAUGACUUACAUUAGGAGAAAAGUAGUGCUACUUCAACAUUGAUUUUUAGUAUAACCUAGUAUAGUAUAAUCAACAGAUGACGGUAAUACUUACGAUUAUCAAUCAAAGUUUAUUGAAUAUUUUCAAUAUAGAAUUCAUUUGUGUAUGUUCUAGAAUGUUCUAGAAUACAUUUUCAAGGCUGUACUUAAUAAUAAUUCGUCAUUCUGAAAAUAAAUUAGGCUUCAAUUAUAGCAAAUUACUACUGUAGUUUAUUUCAAAGGUUAGAUAAAUUCAGGUAACUUUUCAACGAUGAUCAAACAUGGUUCCGUGCGUAUAGCACUACAGUAAUAAUAGGAAACACAUUUAUACCUGUAAGCUGUGCGAUUUUUAAAACACAUUCACAAAGCAAGACAUUGUCCGAACACAUUGGGUGAGGCAAUUCUUUUCAGUUCAAACAAGAAAUGUCAACCUUUUACGAAUAACUUUGAUGGGGUGUUAAAUAUAAUGCUUUUUAUGUAAUAAAAGAGUUAAUUAAUUCGGUUUAAAGGUUUUUUAAAACAAGAACAACAACAAUAACCACAUCAUACUUGUUAUUUUAAAACGGACCAACAGACGGAAACAGAUGUCACUUUUUGUAAGAUUAAUUACCAGUGUCGUGAUUGUAUGGUGGUAGAAAAACUGGCGUUGCGUUUAACUCGCGUCAAUGGAAUAGGCGCAUUGCCAUCUCCUAGGUGCCAUAGAGGACAUGCCUAUCCACAAUAUCGUAUCAGACAACAUAUUCUUUAAACUCAUGAAUUCGUAACAUUUUAUCCAAAAUCCUUCCCAGACACGACUACGAAACCUAAAACCGUCUGUGUUUGGUACUCAAUGUAUUAAGGUAGACAGAGUACCUUCUGCUAGUUGUCAUAGAGGUCAAGACCACCCUCACUACCAUGGUAAUCCCUGUUAAUGCUAAACAAUGACUUGCAAAUUGUAACCCGAGUCAAGUACGUAUUUGCGGCUGCAUUUGCUAUUCACUGGAAAGUACUGCUAACAAUGUGUAUUAGAUGAUAAAUAAACCACCCACUCCUUUAUGAUCAUUAAAUAUCACAUAUUACAUGCUCUCAAGUCCGGUUUUCGUCAGAAUCACUCAUGUCAAACAACUCUUGAACGAUUAGUUGGUUCUUGGUGAAAAAUGUUGAUUCUGGUAAGGUUGUUGUAACUGACCUUUGUAAAGCUUUCGAUUUGGUAUAUCACGAUAUUCUUUUACAUAAAUUGAGACUAUAUUAUUACUCUGGUGUCAGCUUUAUGUUUAUAACUUCACAUUUAAUAAUGAGUCGACAAUGCGUAAAAGUAGGAGAUAAUCUACAUUUCAAUUUGUUAAAAGUGGUGUGUCACAAGACUCCACUAUAGAACCUUUUCACUUUGUGAUCUACUUCAAUCAUAAACCCUUCACUCAAUAAUUCCUGUAUUGACGGAUUAAGGAUAAUUCCACUUUGCUCACAUCGGGUUAUAGAGAAACAGAUAUAAAAAACAACAACUGCAGAGCAAAUAAGAUUCAGUAGCUUCUUGGUGCUUUAAGAAUGACAUAUUAAUUCAUUCAGGAAAAUCAAAAUGCACGUUGAUGUUGAUUAACAAAGGUUACAAAUCAAAACCCAUCUCCCUAACAUUGCUAUUAAAUAAUACGACCUGAACAAGUUACAAGCCAUACAGUUAUUGGAGUUAUUUAUUAUUUAAUUGGAAAGAGCAAGUAUUUAAUGUUUGUAGGAAACUGAAUUCUAAAAUAGCACUUCUAAAACGAAUUAAUUACCUCUUGAGCUAUGACAGGCAAAAACUAUUUCGCAAUGCGUAUAUGUUAUCUACAAUGGUCUAUUGAUGUUAUAUAUGGAGCAGAUGUAUAAAUUCACACCCAUGUAAAAUACAUAUUAUUCAGAAUGAAGCUGCAAAAAUUAUUUUACGAAAACCAGUUAAAACGUCAUCAAGUUCAAGGAUUUAGGCUGGUUAUCGUUUGAUAAUAGAUGUACAUUAUUGUCUACAAGUUUUUGCAUGGUCUCAUGCCAGUAUACUAAAUUGAAGUAAUUUCAUUUACUAAUAACACAAAGUACUCAUUGCGGUCUUCCACCCAUAAUGAUACUUAAUGCUAAAGACUAACUAUGGUAUGAAGUCAUUUACUCAUUUUGCUAAAUCUGUAUGGAAUUCUAUACCGCUUUUUAUUCGAGAAUCAUCAUCCUUAUUUGUAUUCAAAUCACAGUUAAAAAAACACCUUACGACAAAACAAUGACGUAUUUUGAUAAGUGUUACCUUAUACGUUUUUACUUUAUUCAGACUUGUUGGGAUAAGAGUGAGGUUUGUGCACGUAAACUGGUUUAAACCCCUAGUAAAUUUACAUUUUAAUGACCGUUCCAAGGCGGUACCUAACAAUCCUUGAUACACAUAACUAGGUUUUUAUAAAAUAUAUAUAUAUGCAUUGUGUUUUUUGUGGAGUUUUGUGCUGUUGUUUUAUUUUUCGUGUUUGUGAUUCUUUGUUUUUGUGUUCUAUGUCUUUGGCGUUAACCCUGUGCCAUUAAACGGGCUUAUUUUUAAACUUUUGGAUACUGCGUUUGUUUUUCACAUAAAUAUUAGGUAAAUGAUUGUCUGUAAAUUGUUUGUUUAAAUCCGUUUUUUUUUUGUCUUUUGUAAUUUUGAACAUUGUUUAUGUUUGAAUGACGUCUUAUUUGUUAUUUUUUGAAUGAGAAAAUACUCCUACGUUUGUAUAAUCCAUUGAUGACCACAUUGUAAACAAAAUACUUAUGUAACUUAAUGUGUUACCUUCAUGAAAUAAAGUUAUUAUUAUUA